AAGAGUUAAAAAAAACUUACAUACAUCUGAAAUUUCAAAAUCUCAAGAAGAAGAAGAGAUUGUUAUUAAGAUGUCAAGAAAUUAUUCAGAGACUAGUGGUUGUGUACUUAAUGGUGGUGGUGGUGACGGCGGCGAUGGAUUUAUGUUAUUUGGAGUUAGAGUACUUGCAGAAGGAUCUUUUAGAAAGAGUGUUAGUCUGAAUAAUCUAUCACAAUACGAACAACUACCACAUGAAUUUGCAGCAGCUGAUCAAGAACAAAAUGCAGUUGAUCAUCAUGUACAUGCUACCGGUUAUGUUUCUGAUGAUGUUGCUGCCCGAACCCGCGAACGUAAAAGAGGGGUUCCAUGGACAGAAGAAGAACACAAACUGUUCUUAUUAGGUCUACAGAAAGUAGGAAAAGGUGAUUGGAGAGGAAUUUCAAGGAAUUUCGUGAAAACUAGAACUCCUACACAAGUUGCUAGUCAUGCUCAAAAGUAUUUUCUUCGACGAAAUAAUUUUAACCGGCGCCGGCGAAGAUCUAGUCUCUUCGACAUCACCACCGAUUCGUUUAUGGGAGAAGAAGAAACUAGUACGGUAAUUCAUCAUCAACAAAUGAAUGAAUCGGUAACUCUAGCAACAGGAAAUCUGCAUGUACAAGAAGCUUCUUCUUCUUCGAAAAUUAUCCGGCCAAAACCGGUACUUCCAAUUCCACCACCAGCAUCAAGGAUGACUAAUUUGAACUUAAAUGUAAAAUCCACAGUAAACCCAUCUUCUGUUUCUCUUAUAUUAUCAAGUAGCCCUCCUACUUCAUCAUCAUUCUCAACAACAUCUGAUUUAUCAAGGCAGUCUUCUUCAAGACAAAACUCUGCUUUCAAGAGUAUGUCGUCCUCAAGCUGCUUCAGUUCCGGUGAUACCAACAGUGGAAAUAUUAUAACUGUUGCUUAGUUGGAAUAGAAAAUGAUGAUGGUGGAUUUAUGAUGUUGUAAAGAGUAGAAUGGGAUUGGAAAGGAAGUGAUUAUUGGGCAAUGAUUUCCUUGAAUGUACAAAGAAAAUAGAAAUGGGUUGUUUUGUUUCAUUGUUAAAGAUUCUAGUUGUCUGGCCAUUGCAAGUGAUUAUCAAUAUUAUUAUGGGAUAAAAGAAGAGAAAAGGAAAGGCCAUGGGUGUAGUGUACUUGUACUGUAUUAUUGCUUUUAUUGUUCCAUAUUGGUUUAGCGGUUGCUAAAAAAGAUUAGUUCUAGAGCUAGUGUUACUGCAACUGGUGGAGGUGGAGGAGGAACCGGGGGAGCUACAAAAGUAGUAUAUGUCAUGUUCAAAUUAUUAAUAGUGCUUUGUCUUUUUUGUUUUUGUUUUUUUAGAUGAUUUUAUUAUCAUAAAUUCAUAAUGGUUUUUUCUUUUUUCUUUC